ACGGUAGAAGAGUGAAGAAGGUACCUACCUAGUUUUAGUUUGAUGACGUGACGUCUUCGCCCUUCGGCUUCGGACUGCGUUUACAAGUAGUACGAAGUCCGAAUGGUAGAUAGCGAUCGGCUAUCCCAACAAAAUUUAUACAAAGUGCUGCUGCUGGGUAAAUGACUAAUGGGCAAUGGCGGAUUGUUGGUGUUUCGCGUCUUGUAGUACUAUUUAUAACCUACAAUACAGUUCUAGUUUUCAGCGAUAUGUACACUAACGUUUUUACAUUCUGUGGAUUUGUGAUGUAAAGCUUCAUAAUUGUGCCAAUGUCGAAUGGACGUCAUUUAUUACAAUAAAAAGUAACAAUUUAAAGGAAUAUUGCACAUACCUAAAUGAAUAUUCAGUGAAAUGUUAUCGAACAAAAUAUUUUGACAUUCAUACUACCUGCUGUUACUGUUAGUACGUUUUCGUCACAAGUAGAGAAUGGUGCAUGCCAGAAAGAGUCCAAUGAGUUGCUGAAAAGAGUCCAAAGUGUGUAACUAACCAUGCAUGCAGUGUACAUACUGUAGUACAAAAUAUAUUAGAUUCCUGCAAGCUAUGUGUAUUUGAUAACAAAAUGACUGAAAGACGGAAGAAAAAAACCCAUAAUGGAUUCCUCCGAAAAGUUUCCUCCUUAUUUAAUCUUGACACGGUUCAUGCUUCAACACCAGAAAUGAAGCAGUUACAGGUAAAUGGAAUUGAAGGUGGUGCAGCAGGAGACGAUGGCUACCAGUACAUGACAGUGGUGUUAUCUCGAGCUGGAGGAGCAGGCUUGGGGUUCAGCAUUGCUGGUGGUUCAGAUAAUCCCCAUGUUGCCGAUGAUCCACAUAUUUAUGUCACAAAGCUGAUACCUGGAGGAGCUGCUGCCGCUAGUCAAUUGCUUAUUGAUGAUGCAAUUUUACAAGUUAACGAUACAAAUGUAGAGAAUGUAACGCAUGCAGAAGCAGUUGAUGCAUUGAAGAAGGCUGGCAACACAGUAUGCUUAAAAAUUAGACGGCGAGUUACGGAAGACCAUCUAAGUGUGUCACAAAUAUCAAAUAAAGAAGAGGCUGUGGAAAUAGAGCUCGUGAAAGGUGGUUCCGGCUUGGGUUUUAGUAUAGCAGGUGGCUUGGGAAACCAACACAUACCGGGAGACAAUGGUAUUUAUGUCACCAAAAUAAUGGCCGGAGGAGCAGCUCACAGAGAUGGAAGAUUGAGAGUAGGGGAUAAAUUGCUGAUGGUCAAAAAUACCUCGAAAGGCGAUGUGAACUUAGACAAUGUGACACAUGAAGAUGCAGUUGCAGCAUUAAAGGCAUCCGGUGAGAGAGUAGUGCUAGUUCUGAUUCCUGGACCCAGGCAUGGACAACCUUCUCCUAGGACUUCAAGAGCCAAUACUCCAUGUCCAACUUCAAGCACAACAAAUUCACUCAGACGAGAGGAUGUGACGGACAGUUCGGAAGAGGCCAGAAUUGUGGAGUUAGAGAAGGGGCCACAGGGUCUUGGUUUCAACAUUGUCGGUGGUGAAGACGGGCACGGGAUAUAUGUGUCGUUCCUGUUAGCUGGCGGGCCAGCUGAACGUUCAGGGUUAUUGAAGCGAGGAGAUCAACUACUGGCGGUUAAUGAAGUGGAUAUCACACACGCGACUCAUGAACAGGCUGCCAAAGCUUUAAAGGGGACAGGCCAGAAUGUCAAGUUGACGGUGGUGUACAGGCCGCAGGAGUAUAAUAAGUUUGAAGCUCGAAUUAAUGAGUUGAAACAACACACCUUGCUGAGAACUUCACAAAAACGAUCACUGUAUGUGAGAGCACUGUUUGAUUAUGACCCGAUUCGUGACGACGGUCUCCCGUCACGAGGUCUGCCCUUCCGCUACGGAGACAUCCUGCACGUCACAAACGCUUCCGACGAUGAAUGGUGGCAGGCCAGGCGACUUGACACAACGGAUCCAGACGCCAUUGGUAUAAUCCCGUCGAAGCGUCGCUGGGAGAGAAAACAACGCGCCCGGGAUCGGCAAGUCAAGUUCCAGGGACAGGGACAACCCGUCUCCACCAGCCAGUCAACAUUGGAGCGGAAAAAGAAGACAUUAUCGUUCAGCAGAAAGUUUCCGUUCAUGAAGAGCAGAGAAGAUGGUAAAUCAGAAGAUGGCUCGGACCAAGAGCCUUUCAUGCUCUGUUACACACAAGAGGACACGAACGCCGAUGGUCAAGAUGAGAACGUAUUGUCGUAUGAGACGGUCCAGCAAAUGACGAUUAACUACACGCGGCCUGUGAUAAUUCUGGGACCGUUGAAGGACAGGAUCAACGAUGACCUAAUAUCAGAGUUCCCUGAUAAGUUUGGAAGCUGUGUGCCACACACGACCCGGGCGCGGCGCGACUACGAGGUGGACGCACGUGACUAUCACUUUGUAUCGAGCCGGGAGCAGAUGGAGCGAGACAUCCAGAACCAUCUCUUCAUCGAAGCGGGCCAGUACAACGAGAACCUGUACGGGACCUCCGUGGCCUCUGUCCGGGAAGUCGCUGAAAAGGGGAAACAUUGCAUUUUAGACGUCAGCGGUAAUGCCAUAAAGAGGUUGCAAGUCGCGCAACUGUACCCAAUUGCCAUAUUUAUCAAACCAAAGAGCGUAGAAUCUAUAAUGGAAAUGACGAAACGAAUGACUGAAGAACAAGCGAAGAAGACUUACGACCGUGCGCUGAAAAUGGAACAGGAAUUCGCGGAAUAUUUUACUGCUGUUGUAACAGGAGACACGCCCGAGGAAAUUUACGCUAAAGUGAAAGCCGUAAUUGCUGCGGAGAGUGGGCCCACCGUUUGGCUUCCGAGACGUGAACCGCUUUGAAUCACCUCCCAUCAUCUAGACCCUAUAAGAAUAGACAAUAACAAAACCAUAGACAACCCGAACUACGUGUAAAUCACAGAUAAUUAAUUAAAUAAAAAUUUUGGUUUCAUAACCAAUCUCAAAUAAACCUACAAUAUUAUAAAGUUUCAAUCGCUUAUAGACUUUUCCAUAUACUUAAAAAAACACAUUGGUUUUACAUUAUUGACUUAUAUGAUAUAAAUUGUUGAUUCUUUGUAUACAAUCUGAGCACUAGUGAGUUCAUAUAAAAAAUGUUUCUCUUAUAAGCUUUAUUUGUUUUAAAAAUUGUUAAAUUGUAACUCCUUUCGUUCUUGCUCAGUGGCACUAACUUACCUUUAUUGCAAUCUGAUAGCUAACGUCGUAUUUUACUAAUAUAACAUAUAGUACACUAUGGAUUGUUCUAGAAAUAUUAAGUUAUUUUAUUAGUAAUUGUCUUUCUCACUUCGAGAGAAUUACGCUGCAUGAUUUUAAUUUCGCGUGAGUAUUUCCUAAUAAAAAAAUCUCUUAAAUAUACAAGAAAAUCCGACUUUCUUAUAGGUUUUUUUAUGCUUGAAAUCUAUUUAUUUGACAUAAUUGUAUUUGAAAUAAUUUAAAUUGUAUUUGAGAUUUUGACAGUGCUGUCAGCAAUCAAUUCUUACAUUGUGUAAAUGUUUUAUUAUAUUUUUAUCUCUAUUUUAUACUAACAUUCCUUUAAGAUCUACAUAAUCUACACAAAACUGCCGUAUGGGGUGGACAAAAAGUUGACUAGAUUAAAUUUCCACCAUAACUUAUCAAAAGUAGACAUCCAUAUGAUUUUACAGUCCACAAAACCUCAUUCAUUAUAAUUACAUAUGAACUUACAAAUGUAUAGAAUCUAUCCCUGUCGCACACAUACGUCAUGCUCACACGUGGGGUCAAUGUCCGGAAUUAUCUUCGCUGCACGACCGGAGUGUAUUAGUUGAUUAAGUUCCACACACACACACAUAGUAUUAUUCAUCGUUUGUUACGUGAAUUACAUGACUUGAUAGUUUUCCCUUUGGAUAAACAACCGUGCUGGAAUUAAUAAUUCUUUGUUGAAUUAAUUCUGGAAAUAAUUUAAACUGUCUUUGCUUUUGAAUAAGUUUUAAUGAUAGUUUAGAUGCCUUAUUGCAGAAGAUUGCUCAGUUAUAUUUGUCAACUUGAAGUCAAGUCAGCAAAAGUAUACUUAUUUGCAAAAAAACUGGAAUACAUUUAAACAUUCCUGUAAUAUCAUUAUAGCAUAAUUAUCAAAGUGAUUGAAGAUAGACUGAAUAUUGAGAACAUUGCUAUUAAAAAAUUAUAACUUUGCACUACUACUAUGAUUCCAUUGACCUUAUAACGCAUAGGCGCCUCAUAAAGUCAAAGUUAAAAAAAAAACUUUAUUCUAUUAUUCUUAAACUUAGCGCUUUAGAAUUGUCAUAACAAAUAUUUAAUUUAAAUUACUGAAUCUACCAUAUGUUCGGAAAAAUUGGAGCAUAAAAGAUACUCAACACCCACUCUUAUAAAUCAAAUAGAGUAUUUUACAAUGGUUGUAAUAUACAAAACAAAUUAGCUUGGCUAAAAGGGUGCAUCCAGUUUAAGAAUCAUGUUCAAAGUUAAAAAGUUGCGAUUUAAACAUGAAAUGUUUAAUGAAAAGUAAUAAAAAAUUAACUGUAUAAGUUUUAUAUUGGAUGCUUAGAUAUUUAUACGUCAAGAUAAACUUUGACAGCUGUGAAAACGUUGAAAAAAAAUUAGUUUAAAACUACCCUCUAUUUUGAGCAAUUCAAGCGCACUAACACAAAGUGUGAUACAAAAAAAUGCGAGUAUAAAACGUAGCACUAAACUAAUAUUCCUGGCCUGUUUUAUCGGUUGUCUAAUAGCAAGAGACUAUCUAGACGUAUAAAUUAUUUUAAGAUUGGAUGCAUCGCCUUUGUGUAAGGAUGAUUCGUCUGUUGAUUAACUUAAUUGUCUCAUUCCGAAUAUAAUAAAGGUAUACGGAGACUACAGGGUUAUAAGAUCGUCAUCCAUAGACCGUUCUUGGUGCGCUGACAUUUGGAUCAAAUUAUCACUUAAUAUCAUAUAUUUUUUUUGCAAAUAAGUAUAUUUUUUGUAAUAAUACUAUGUAAUAUAUCGUUAAGGUAAGGUCACAACAUCGUCUUUAACUUUCAUUCGUCGUAGUAUAUUAAGCAAUUCAAUAUCCACACAACACGGAGUCAACACCAGUAUAUACGUGAAGUUAGUUGCUUAUAGCGUAGUGGUCCUGUCUCGUAUGACGUCACGGCGUUGUUCCAAUGUGCCUCCAAUUAAUAUUAGAUUAUUUCGACGUGCUACUGGCUCGCGGACUGUUUUCUUUCGAAAUUAACUUACCUGACUGCCAAGUGUGAGAUUUUUUACCUAUUCGAUCGCGUAAAAGUUAACUACGAUUUGUAUGGCGUCGAAAGAGCGCCAUCUAGUGAAAGUAGAAGAAAACAUAGAUUUCCCGAUAAUUAGCCGUCAAUUGUUAAGUUAUGUUUGAUUGAACCAUACACUUCGAAUAUUCUAGCGUAUAGACGGCCCGGGUAUGCGUGAUCACUUGAUUUAUCUAUUUGUGCGUUAGCUAGGGUCUUGUUCCAAGUGUGACUGAUUAGCUUUCCUAUAUCUUGAUGUAUCAUCCUUAGAGAUGUUCAUCUCUCUCGCACCUUUGUCUAUGCUAGUAUAUUCUAAAUCUAUGGUCAUUGAACCUUGUGUUACGAUUUACUUUUGACUUGUGUGCGUGGGCACGCAACUAUGCACGCCACCUGACGGUUUGUUAUUAAAUCUCAUUGUGAUCCCUUGUAUGUGUGUUGUGAAGGUAGCUUUAGAGGACGUUUUGGCGGGUGAUAAGUUAAUUUAUUUUGUGAUUAUAUUCGCCUUAGAAUGUUAACUACGUCUAGUUGCCCGCCCUAAUCAUGAAUUAGCACUCGAAAAAUCAAAAGCACCGUCUUCAAUAUGCAUAAAAAAAUAUAAUUUAUAUAAUUGGAAUAAUUAAAGCGAGUUUUUGAGAGUUUCACUCGUAAUAUACCCAAUCUAACUCUAGGCCUCAUUUGCAUGGGAUUUAAAGUCGUGACGUCAAAACUAGCUUCUGCUUUGGACUAUCUACGUCACUUUUGCUUUAUCUACGUCAGAAAAGCGAUGAAACAGAUCGGCAUUCAAAUGUUUAUUAGCCCAUUUACAAUGCAGUAGACAGGGCUUUGAGUUGAAUGUACCUUGUGUCAUUUCUUGCAUUGCGUUUAAUAAACGCCGCGCUUUUUCAACUCUCAUGUGAGUGAGGCUUUAUAGUGUGAAACAAUGACAAACGAAACUAUCUAGGGAUAGUCUAUGUUAUUACUAUUUUUCAUAACUUCUUGAAUUUAACAUUAUUUUUAUAGAUGUGACUAUUCACUAACACGCUUUCGUCGUAGUAAACUUUCGCUUACGUUGAACAGCGAUUUUAAAUAUUAUUCUUGUGUAAUAAUUGCAUAUAACAAAUUUUAUUUAUUGAAAAUUGAAUAAGCUUCGAUCUAAUGUGUAAGAUAAAUUGUAUAUUGUAGAGAAUUAAAUGAUAUUCAUAUUGAUUUGAGAGUUUUAGAGUAAUUUGUGAAUUACCUUCAGUGACGCUAUUGAGAUUCGCAAAGAACUCGGUAGGUAAUAUUGUUAACUAUGACAAAAUAAUUAGGUGUUAUUUAUUGCUACGUAUAGUUUUAAAACCCACCCACGCGACCUCUUUGCCUAGGCUUUAGACUUUCAUAUCAAACACUACGAUUUAUUGACUAACUUUGACGUGUCGAGCAAGUUUGAUGUCAAUGUCAUUGUCACUGUCAAGGAAUCGUGAGUUGAGUGAGCUGGUACAGCGUUGAUAUUUGCUCAAGCGGCAUGAAAUCGGCGCAAGCGGUUUGAAUCUCAUGAUGACGUGCACUUUACUAACUCUUUCUUAGACAAUGGUGCAAGUUUGUUGGUCAUUUUUAUAAUAGUAAUGAAUUGUGUUAUAUUAUUAUAAUGGUGUAAGUUUCGCACCCGAAUAGCGUUUCACCUUUAUUUAUUGAGAAUUUUAUUUUCUUACGAGUCAUGCUCAUCUGCAAAUAUGGCGGUAGGCGCGAAAAAUAAUUAACGCUUUCUAGAUUUUAUUCACUCGUAUUACUUUCGUGUAGGGUUUGUUUUAUCUUGUAAUAAAAUAUACAAUAUUUUCCCCGUACUUAAUGUAUGCAAGUGUGCUUAUGUUUAACUAGCUGUUAAUAUUUUAACUGUUUCAUGACAAGACCUAAUGGAUUGAUUUAUUUCCCGCCUUCUAUUUAUGUCUUAAAUAGGUUACUUGCCAAAGAAGUUUCGCAAUGUCUGCAAAGCUGUUUGGAUAUGUUGUGAUGUACUUAAUUUCUCAUAUUUUUAACUGUCUGAAUCAUGAAUUAAAUAAUUAUUUAUACUCGGAAUGUAUUGAUUUUACUUUGUAGGUAUUCUACUUUAUCUGUAUUUUACGACAGGAGACGUUUCGAAACGUUUUAUUUCACAUUAUUAGUUUUUAUUGUAAUAAGUAUUUGUUGUGUCGUAGUUAAUUUAUGUACAUUAUAAAAUUGUAAGUAUGUGCCUCUAUUAAUGUGUUAACAAUAGAUAUAUUAGUAGUUAUCAUAUUUUAUGUACACAUUUUAUCAGAAAGCCAUAUUUGCAGAUGUACAAAUGUAUCAAUUAGUAAUGUUCAAUAGAUUUAGUUGGAAUAAAGUUAUUUACGUUGAAAAAUC